UUCAUUGGCUGUUAUGUAACACGUAUACGGUACUACUUCAGACAUUAAAUAUACGGCUGUUUACCCGAUGCACUACUUUUGCGUCAACGCCGGCUUAUAUAUAGUACUACGUGCUUAAAUUGCAGUAACUUACUGUAGUUUGGAUUAGAAAAUAACUGGCAAGUGACACGAUGUACGUGGAAUAUUUACACCUGGCGGUUGUGACAGCUCUGCUAGUAACCAUGACACCGGUCGUUCAAGGUAAUGCAUUCAUCGACGCCUACAACCAGGCCACAAGGACGCUUGACGACGACGAUAUCAGAUUCGAAACAUUGUACAACAACCGGGCGGACUUUUUUAUGCAGGCGGUGCACGUGAACGGGCCGAAAUCGUCCACCAUUGCUAAAGCCGCCAACCUCGUCAACCUGCUCGCCGUCUUCCUCAAUGUGCCGACGGUCGGAGACGUAAUGGCCUAUGACAAUUUCGACAACCAACUUGAUACUGUCGUUGAUCGGAUCAACGGCAUUUGUCCUCUCAAGAACAUUGAAGUAUCUCACUACCGCCCAGAGUUCGAAGAGUGUGUCCAGGCGGACAAUGAGAGCCCCUGGCGGCCCAUUACUGGCAUCUGUAACAACUUGAAACACCCGCGCUGGGGAACGCCGGGAAUAGCUCAACUAAGACUGGCACCGGCAUCCUGGGAAAAUGUUGGCUUGGUGGAGUUCAAUCCUGUGCCCGUUCACCUGACCCCCGUACAACCCAGGGGCGUACAGCUGGUACCCAACAAUCCCCUCAUUUUCAACCUGCAGGGAACCGGCACUUUCACGCUUGCAGUAACAUAUCCGGAGAGAGGUGACCCGGAAUCGGCUGGCUGUACCGCGGGUGGUGCAUGUACGAAAGAGGAUUUUGAUAGCGUACGAUUUGAGUUGAAGCUUAAUUCCAACUGCGAACGUUUCUGUCAGUGUGUACGAGGGGUGUCCCCAAACAGCUUCCACUGGAAAGAAUUCAAGUGCUCGCCGGGAACCAAGUUCGGAAUCAAGGAAAAGCCAUUCUUUAGUUCCUGUUACCAUAGCGCCGAGGUCAACUGUGAAGAACAGGAAAGCAAGUUUCAGGAAAACCAAGGGACGGGUGGAGGAGCGGUUUGUACGAGUGUAAACGUGAAGAAGGAGAAUGAGGGCGACGUCGACGGCAUCAUUAUUAGUGCAAUCCCUAACAAGGAUGGGUGCGCAGUGGAAUUUGAUGGAAGUCAUUACAUUGCCAGUGGGAAGAAAUGUAGAAAGCUGGAAAUCUGUUACGAGCCCUUCUAUGUCUUGAUUGAGUUGGACCCACGAAAACGUAAAGAAAGUACGUUGAAGAUUGGCGGAGAAGUAGUUGACACAAAUAAGGAUGAACUAUUUGAUGAUGAUACACUGCACACGUUUUGGGUGCGAUUUGAAAACGAUAAACUUCAGGUUGGUGCAGGUAGCGAGGUAAGCGAGCAGAAUGUGAUACUGAAAGGCACGACGGACCCAACGCUUGGACAAGAUUUACUCAAUACCAGAAAUGCAAUUUCCAUUUCCGCCGGUAAGGCGGACUCGCUUACUGCCAAGUUUCCAGUCUUCGACCGGAUCAUCCUUGAGACGGAACCAGGGCGGCCCCAGUCGCUCGCCGGCCUCCCCUUCCUGUUUGAGAGCCACGUUGUCAGGUUUGGUAUCCGCACCCCGGGAGCCGCAAGUAACCUUGACAACAAGCACGUGAUCGAUUUGGAAAACACAAAUACCAAUGAGAAAUUGACGGUAACGUUCCGUGCGAACCGUACCGGAAAUGAGAUCAACGUUGAUGAGAUAGUAAUCAACUUUCGGCGCGAUCUGACAUCUCCGGUGGAGGAAGUGACUGUGCAGUCGGUAAAAGUGCCGCACGUGGACUUUGUGGACGGCAGUGGGAAAACACACAAUGAGUUCUCGGCAUUCUGGAUAUCCGCCAUCAGUAACCGCUUGUACGCUGGGGCCGGAAACGAGGUCGGGAAGAAUGCGAUGAUUGAUUUAUACUCGAUACCGCAAGGGACGACUGCCUUCCGGCCGAAUGACGUCAUUGUCCGUUCCAUGGACGGUGAUGCGUCAAAUCCCAAGCAUGCGCAGUGGAUAUUAGAUCUCAUGCAAUGGGGGACGCCUCGUAAGACGUCAUUGGCAGGACGAUCCUUACCGACGGCGCGUGACGUCAGUCUGGCGGUCCACACGAACAUCGGUGCUAGCACCACGUGGAGUGACACGCUCACUAUGGCCGUCAUGCAGAUGGGACAGUUCGUGGACCACGACCUCAUCGCUACCCCCGUGGAAACAGGGUCCGGCCACAUCAAUUGCCACUGUGUAAAUGGUUCCUACAUUGAAACAGAAGAAAUAGAGAGCCGCUUCUGUUUCAAUAUCAACAUCACGGAGAAGACUGAUCCGAGCGGAAGCCAGGGGGAGUUCUCCUCAGAGAAGUUUGAUUGUUUUGCGUUCGUCCGUUCGUCCGCAACCCUCGAGUGCAACGCCGACAACCAGCUACGCGACCUUCGUAAUCGCGAGCAGCUGAACGAGCUGACGGCGUACGUGGACGGCUCUAACAUUUACGGCUCUGAGCAGACGGCGGCAAAGGAACUCCGGAAGCAUGACGAACAUUUACGAGGUUUUCUAGCGACAAGUGUUGGCCCAAUCCACUCGGAGUUGCCGUUCUCGACCGUGGCCGGGGAGGGGGAGGCGAGCUGUAACAAUGGAGGAAACGACAGCUUCCCCUGCCACCUAGCGGGUGACUUUCGGGUGAACGAGCAGCCCAGUUUAGCGAGUAUGCACACCCUCUGGGUGCGCGAACACAACCGGGUCGCCCAGGAGCUCGUGGAUAACUGCGGAUACGAAGAUGACACGGAGGCGGCCAGUAACGAGCUCUACCACGCAGCAAGGCGCAUCGUUAUCGCCGAGUACCAGAAUAUCGUGUACGACGGAUACCUCCGCUCUUUCACGGACGCGGGCAUAUUCGAGAAGUUUAACCUAAACUCUUGUAGUGAUGGGUCUUGUUCCUACGACGAUUCCAUCAACCCGUCCAUCACCAACGAGUGGGGAAUAGCUAACAGAAUGGGUCAUACGUGGAUCAACAACCACUUGGUCGGGGAAGGGAAGGAGAAUCCUGCUGGCUUCGAGCUGAAGGAUAACUUCUUCAGGCCUACACUGCUCCAUACUAGUGGGUCGGACGUCUUCAUAAAGAACCUGUACACCUCUAGAUGUCCCAACACCGACAACAUCAUAGAGACUAGCGUCACGGAGAAUCUCUUCCGGAUGGGCACGAAGAUAGCCUUAGACCUGGCGGCCCUGAACAUCCAGCGCGGGCGUGACCACGGCGUCUCAUAUUGUGCCACGCGGAAGGCGUUAGGACUCAAAGUGCCGGCGACCUUCCAGGAAGCGGAGAACAUGGAGCUGUUCUCAACGGAAACUAUCGCCCUGCUGAAAGAUUGUUACGACCGCAUUUGCGACAUCGACCUGUUUACGGCAAUAGUGGCGGAGCUUCCGUUGCAGAAUAGGACGGACCAAACUUCAGACUCCCCGAUCCCGGAAACGCUCAACCACAUCCAGGGGGACAUGUUCCAGAAACUGAAGCUCGGAGAUAGGUUCUGGUUUGAGUUUCCUCGAGCUGGCUUUAAUGAAGCUCAAAAGGAGGCGCUUAGGAAGAUAACUCUGUCAACGAUUAUCUGUGAAAAUGUGCUUAAAUCGGGUAGCGACGAGAUUCAGCCGAACGCCUUUCACGUUGCGGGGGAAGGAAAUGAGAAAGUAAGUUGCAAUGCGAUACCCAAACUCGACAUCACCCUCUUCCAGAGGGACUCGUUUGAACUCCGGGAUGAAGGAACCGAAGGCGCCGCCCAAAGGGACUACAAUAUUCCGCCGGCAAAUGAUGGCACAUCGGGAGAGGCUGACCGCAUACUUCCGAACGAGCCGGAAGGGAACACAGUGGAUGACGCGGCGGAAGAGCGGGAGAUUGAGGAUGAAAUAGAUCACCUAAUAGAUAUGUUUGCGCGCCUCGAUGAAAAGGAACCACAUGAAGAGAACUAGAGAAAUCUGCAAUUUACACGUGCUUAAUGUUUUACUUAUUCAAAAUUACUAUCGCUCAUUAGUAUACACGUAUAAACCCAUAAACAAUUCUUUUCUGAGUUUAAGGUCCACUGUAUUUUACUGAAAUGUUUCAAUUACAUUGUGUUGCUCAAAUGUUUGUCCUUCAAUGUUCUGCUUUUUUGUUUUGUUGUUUACGUAUUGACAGUUGAGUUAUUGUCAAAGCCUUGAUGUCGUCGGCAUCAGCGGCUUCACCAUCGUAGUGCAAAAACAUUAACCUAGGCCAUAACUUAAAAACCUUUUUUAAUAUUUUUCAAUUAAACUUGGUACACAUGUUGAAAGAGACAAUAUGCACAUGAAUAACAAUAUUCAAGACUAAGUUUUUGAUAACUGUAAUAAUAUAUAAUUAUAUAAUAUUUCCAUUUUCGACUGAAUUAUAACAGACGAGCAUUGACAUUCGCUCCAUGGAUCUCUUGUUCUACAUUCCGCUCCUGCUAUACUAGCUAUACAAUAUAAUAUUUCCAUUUUCGACUGAAUUAUAACAGACGAGCAUUGACAUUCGCUUCAUGGAUCUCUUGUUCUACAUUCCACUCCUGCUAUACUAGCUAUACAAUAUAAUAUUUCCAUUUUCGACUGAAUUAUAACAGACGAGCAUUGACAUUCGCUUCAUGGAUCUCUUGUUCUACAUUCCGCUCCUGCUAUACUAACUAUACAAGUACAAAAACAUUUUUGCCAUUGAAUAAAACGAAAGUAAUUUACUAUUACAACACUACAACACCAAUUGACUUAUAACUGACUAACUGACGUCGGUCCAAUAUUGGUAUGCUAGCUUGGGUGUAGUUUAAUGUUUUAGUUAUGAUUGUUAAGUGUUAAAUCAUAUUUAUAUUGAAUUUGCUUAUAAUAAACACUGUCACUGG